AAAAUAUAAAUUUGGGUCCAUGCAUAGAGAAUGCACUUUUUGGAUUUAUAUAUUAUCUGGGCCGUUUGAUAACAAGCAUGUCCAUCAGUUUAUUGUUUUCUAGAGAGAAACUACUUUUCCUGAUCAGAAUUGCCACAUAUUUUCCUAGAAGUACAGGAGUUUCCGGCAACUUGGGUUUUCUGUGACCCUCUAGGAAGAUCGUGUGUCUGUACUAGUGUUAUUCAUCAUAUAGAUCCGGUGACACACUCACUGAAUAUUACACUCCAUGUGAUAUACUAAGCGGGCUUACAAUACGCGGAUAAUGCACGAAAUUUGCAUGUAGAAAUUAUACUAAAGGAUCUAAAAUGGAAGGUUGUUUUUCGUGGAUCAAAACAAAAUACGGAUUGAAUGCAAAUUCCUCCAUGUCUGAAGUAAAUGCAGCAUUUCGGGAUUGGAACAUGGGCGCCCUCGUACUAAUCAGUGUCCUUAUUUUGCCGGGAAUGCUGGGAAAUUCUCUGGUGAUGGCCAUCUUUUACAGGGAUUUCAAGAAGUCGGCAUACAGAACAUUUGUGUUGUGGCUCGCUGCCUUAGAUCUUGCUGGAUGCAUGAUCGUCAUGCCAUAUCUCAUGGUAAACAUAAUCACACCCGUAACAAUGGACAACGAAAUCGUCUGUAAACUGGGACGAUUCCUUUCUUACGUCAUUAUGAUGACGUCACAUUUUAUUCUGGUAGUGAUAGCGGCUGAUAGGUACCGUAAAAUAUGUAAGCCACAUUCCCUACAAAUUCCUCAGUCACAGACGUCAAGAUAUUGCCUGGGCAUGCUCACUCUCUCUAUUGUUGUAUCAAUUCCUGCGCCAAUUCUUUACGGAAACAGCACCCUUGACAUUGGAAUACCAGGGUUGAAGGCCACUCGGUGUUUUACGGCGGAUGAAUACAUGGACACGCCGGCACAUCUUAUUUAUUAUGGAGUGAUAAACGCACUAGGGGGCACGAUAACGGUGAUCAUCACGGCGCUUUACGUCCAAGUCAUCAGGAGAAUAAGAUACCAGUUUCGGGAGAAGGAACACGAGAUAGCGCGAAAUAUUCGUAGAAAUGCAAAACUGUCAGAGAAUGGAAAUGCUUGUGAAGUGAAAAUAAACCGGAAACUGGUAAGAACCACAGUGACGUUGUUAGCAGUGACUGUGGUAUUUGUAAUUACAAUUUUCCCACACACUGUGCUAGCAUUAGUAGACUAUUCAGUGCGGACCUUCUAUUGCCGGUUGUCUUUCUCGGACGGCGUGAUGUUCAACAUCGCCAUGCAUUUCUUUCUGCCGAACAAUGUCUUGAACAGCGUUAUCUACGGGUUCACGGACAAGCGGUUCAAGAAGAGAUUCCUCUUGCUGUUCAGAAGACAACAGUUCAAUGUGAACGGUGACUAUGGGGAAUCUAGUGAUGCGAUCUCUAGCGACAGACUGUGACAAUAAUAUAAACACGUCCUGCAAAAAUUACAAUACAAAUGAAUAUAUAAUGCAGCAAAGGUUUUGAAUUUAUUUGUGAAAUUUUCAUUCCUACAUCGUUUAGUUCAUGUACAUGUGUGUUGUUAAAAUACUUGUCAAAAAAUAUCAAAAGGCAAACAUAAUGAUACCAUUAAUUAUUAUUUAAUCACGUGACAAAAAAUUAUGUUGCACUACUUUGGAACGACAAUCUGCACUCUUUCUGUUUUUACAUCACAUUGACAAAACCUUCCUAAAAUUCUAAUCGACUAGUUCAUUCAUUAUUAAUAAAGAUUUACAAAUUUC